AUGGCCCGGCGCGAUGCUUGGGAUGUCUCGAUUUUGGUGUCCCCGGACCUUCGUGCACGGCGGCGGAUGGAGUUCAAGACGGCGAAGUCCAUGUCCUUCCCGCUGCUCCCUGAGAGCAGGGCAGCGGUGCCGUCAGGCAAGUCGCAAGUGAGGGCCUUCUCGGUGGAUACCUUGCCGGUGCAAGCCUGCCGGCGGGAGGCGCCUCAGCGGCUCCAGGGCCGCGCGCGCUUGGUGCGGAACGUCUUCGCGGCGCUGGUGGCGUGCUUCAUGGGCGCCACCGAUGGCCUGUCCCUAGGCGGCCUGAUCUUCCCCUCCUCGCCGGAGCACCCGAACCACGAGUACCAAGCCCUGGGCAUGUCCAUCGGCUUGCUGACCACGCUGGUGGCCAACACCGGGGGCCUCCUCGGCUCCGAGUUCAGCUUCGGCGUGGCCGGCGCCAGCAUCCCCACGGUCAUCAUCUUCGCAGAGCACUUUAAGCGCAUGGGCCCCGGCAAGUGCUCCACCAUCUACUUCAUGGCAGCGGUGUCCUCCAUGUUGGUGGGUGUGUGCAUUUGGCUGGUGGGAUGGCUGAAGCUGGCGCGCCUGGUGAAGGCGUGCCCCUUCGUGAUCUACGGGGGCUUCAUGGCCGGCACCGGGGCAGUGCUGCUGCAGUACGCGUUGAACCUCAUGACUCCGGGCUUCACCAGCCUGACGGAUCCUGCAAGCUACGGAUGCUUGGCGGAUACCCAGCUGCUGCAGCUCUGGGUGCCUGGCGCGGUGGCGGGGGUGGGGAUGUUCGCGCUGCGGGCUACCAACGUCAAAGUGCCGCGGAUCCCGCAGGAUCUGCUCAUCCCGGCAGUGCUGCUGGCUGAGGCUCUGAGCUUCUGCGGCUGGAUGCUGGUGACAGGAAGAGGCUUGGAGGAGGCGCGCGCGCAAGGACUUCUCUUCAAUGUGACCUUGCCGGAGCACCCGGUCUUCUACCGGGUCUGGACCAAGCACUUCGACCCCUCCGGGCCCAAAGUGGAUUGGCAGGAGUUCGCGGCCCCGAGCUUUUGGCUCACCGUGGUGAACGCCGCCUGCAUCUCGGUCUUGACGGCGGUGAUGAACAUUUUCGGCACCAUGGCGGCCACGAGGUUUCGUGUGGACAUCGAUCGCGAGAUGAUGCUCCACGGUAUCUACAACGUGGGCAGCGGCGCGCUCUCAGGGCUCACGGCCAACAUGGUGAUGUCCUUCUCCAUCACCUGCCGCACUUUGGGCGCGGAUGGCCAGCAGUUCCAGGUCCUGCUGUUCGUCUUUUCGGGCCUCGUUUUCUUGUUCGGGGACUACGUGGUGGCGGUCAUCCCCAAGCUCCUGCCGGGCUCGGUGCUGAUUUGGCUCAGCGCGGAGCUCAUGGCCUUUUGGGUCUGGAAUGCCCUCCGCUUCCUUCGGCCCUAUGAGUACUGCCUGGUGUGGAUCAUGAUCGGUUUGUACGUGGUGAUGGGCACCGCGCCCAUGAUGCUCUUCGGCUUCAUCGCUGUGGCGGGCAUCGUGCAGGCGCAGCUGGCCACGUUGCCGGUGAUCCGCACGAGGCAGACCUUGGCCGGGAAGCUGCGGUCCUCCAGGCGAACGAGCCGUUAG